AUGGCUGCUCGACUGGAACCCCUCUCACGCUCGACCUUCAAAUCCCUACGCUCCUCCCCACUAUCGACUUCUUUUCUUCAUACCAACCGAAACAUUCCUUCGACCACUUUCUCAGCCAGACCUUUCUCAUCCACACCGAACAAGAUGGUCGUCAACGCCUGGUUCGACGUCGAGUACACCGACGCUCAGACUGACAAGCAGGUCAGCUCUGGUGCUGCGCAACCUCACCGUGGCCGCAUCAACUUCAAACUCUACGACGAUGUAGUCCCCAAGACUGUCGAGAACUUCCGUGCUCUCUGCACUGGCGAGAAGGGCUUCGGCUACAAGGGCUCCAAGUUCCACCGCAUCAUCCCUCAGUUCAUGCUUCAAGGUGGCGACUUCACCCGUGGUAAUGGCACUGGUGGCAAGUCGAUCUACGGCGAGAAGUUUGCGGAUGAGAACUUCAAGAAGCAGCACACUCGUCCCGGUCUCCUCUCGAUGGCCAACGCUGGUCCCAACACCAACGGCUCUCAGUUCUUCAUCACCACUGUCGUCACCUCCUGGCUCGAUGGCAAGCACGUCGUUUUCGGCGAAGUCGCUGACGACGAAGGCAUGAAGAUCGUCAAGGCGCUCGAGGCCACUGGCUCGGGCAAUGGCCAGGUCAAGCUGAACUUCAAGCCUACCAUCGUCGAUGCUGGUGCCGACGGCAAAUAG